CGUCGCGGCCCGGCGGGGCCGAGGGCGGCGCGCAGCGCGCGAAGGGGGCGCGCGGUGUCUCGCGGAUCUUCGUGCCAAGAGCUUUCAUUGUUGAGGUUCCUCAGUGCUGAACUAACAAGAGGGUACUUCCUCGAACAUAACGAGGCCAAGUAUACAGAAAGAAGAGAAAGAGUGUACACUUGUAUGCGAAUACCAAGAGAAUUGGAAAAGCUGAUGUUUUUUGGAAUCUUCCUGUGUCUGGAUGCAUUUCUGUAUGUAUUCACUCUGCUUCCUUUAAGAGUUUUUCUGGCACUGUUCCGGCUCCUCACCCUGCCUUGUUAUGGCUUAAGGGACAGACGUUUUCUUCAACCUGCCCAGGUGUGUGACAUUUUGAAGGGUGUCAUAUUGGUAAUUUCCUAUUUCAUGAUGCACUAUGUUGACUACUCCAUGAUGUAUCACCUGAUAAGGGGGCAGUCUGUCAUCAAGCUCUACAUCAUCUACAACAUGCUCGAGGUGGCCGAUCGUCUGUUUUCGUCAUUUGGACAGGACAUACUAGAUGCUCUCUACUGGACAGCAACAGAGCCUAAAGAAAGGAAGAGAGCCCACAUUGGGGUGAUUCCUCACUUCUUCAUGGCUGUUCUCUAUGUGUUUUUGCAUGCAAUUCUCAUAAUGGUUCAAGCAACAACUCUCAAUGUAGCUUUUAACUCGCACAACAAGUCACUGCUUACUAUCAUGAUGUCUAAUAAUUUUGUUGAAAUUAAGGGAAGUGUAUUCAAGAAGUUUGAAAAGAACAAUCUCUUUCAGAUGUCCAAUAGUGAUAUUAAGGAAAGAUUCACAAAUUAUGUGCUUUUGCUAAUAGUGUGUUUAAGAAACAUGGAACAAUUUUCUUGGAAUCCAGAUCAUCUCUGGGUGCUGUUUCCAGAUGUCUGUAUGGUGGUUGCAUCAGAAAUCGCUGUGGAUAUUGUAAAGCAUGCAUUCAUCACCAAGUUCAAUGACAUUACUGCAGAUGUCUACAGUGAAUAUAGAGCCAGCCUUGCUUUUGAUCUUGUUAGCAGCCGACAAAAAAAUGCAUAUACUGAUUACAGCGACUCCGUAGCACGGAGGAUGGGCUUUAUUCCUCUCCCACUAGCUGUUCUACUCAUCAGAGUUGUAACAAGCUCAAUUAAAGUGCAAGGAAUCCUGUCCUAUGCCUGUGUCAUACUCUUCUAUUUUGGGUUGAUAUCCCUGAAAAUUCUUAACAGCAUUGUGCUGCUGGGGAAAUCAUGCCAAUAUGUGAAGGAAGCCAAAAUGGAAGAAAAGCUGUUUAAUCCUCCCCCAACCAGCACUCCAGGCAAACCAUCCAACAAAUCCCAGAGCAAAUGUAAAUCCUCACAAGGUCUUUCCACAGAAGAAAACCUGUCUGCCUCGGUCACCAGCCAGCCUGUUCCUCAGAAGGAAACCGUCACACCGUUACUAGUGACCAGCAACUCUGAUCAGUUCCUGACAACGCCAGAUGGUGACGAGAAGGACAUAACGCAGGAAAACUCUGAAUUAAAACACAGAUCCUCAAAGAAAGAUUUGCUAGAAAUAGACAGGUUCACAAUUUGUGGAAACCGAAUUGACUGACGCCUGUGGCUGUGUCCUGAGGCUGCUGGACCGUGGGGCAGCCCGUGUGUGCUGCCAGGGCAGACAGAUACUGAAAAUGGCACUUAAAUAUUUAUUUAAAAACUUAAAUUAUUAAUGGCAAGCAAAUCUUAGUCUCUUCCUUCCAAUAACGUGGUCUGGCUAAAGGUCAGAUCACAGAACGUCGGUGACCUCGGCCUUGACUCCAGGAAGCAGGGUGGUCGAUGGAGCGUGGCCAGGCAGCGACGGCGGCAGUGCUCUCAGCCUGGGCGGGAGCAGGGAGCUCCUGCACCCUCCAGCCUGGGCUUCAGAACAGCGUGCUUUGCCCCAAGGCCUCUUCAGUAUAAGGAUAUACCUGGGAAACUGUGAAGCUUCUGCCAUAAAUUACCUUUCCACUCAAACUGUUUUCACAAGCAGUUUUCAAACUUUACUUCAUCUGCCAAAGCAUUAAAAAAAAAUUAAACAUAAGAUAAAUGUUCUGACCACCAGAAUCAUCCUUGAAGAUAUAUCUGAAUUAAUCAGAAUAAAAGGCUACCUUAAACAAGACAUAAUGAAUAGUAGCAUUUUAUAGAAAAUUUUUUUUUAAAGUCCUAAACCAGUUCCUUUAUUUAAAAGAAAAAAUAAGGUUAUUUACCACUGAGAAAAUAUUUCAUUAUUUUUCAGUUUGUUUUUUAAAGCAAAAUGGGAGCUGUGUGAUAUUUAAUUGCAGUGGAUAAGAUAGGCAUUUCCUUACAGAAAGGCAUUUUAUAACUGAAAAAACACAACAGUGUUGACUUCAAGCUGCAGUUAACUGAAUUUGCUUUAAAAUUAAUUGCUUCAUCAGUUAUUGACAGCUAAAGGAUGAGGUGUUGUAUAGGCUGAGAAAUUGUCAGUGUAAAGAAUUUAAAACUGUCAACUUUAACUGGAUUUUUAAAGUAAGAUUUCAAUAUUCCAAGUGGAUUGGGCAGCAGCGUCUUGCUUGGGCUUGUAAAGCGCGUUCCUCCUCCUCCGGCCGUCGGUGGGGGCCCUGUCCCCCAGGGAGGUCUGCGUCCUGCACAGGCAGGGAGGGCGGGCAGCCUGCACCGGUAAGCACGGUGUGCGGAGCGCGCGGACACCUGUCUGGUCGGAGGCAUUUGAGUGGAGAUGCUGGGAACACAGCGGCCACAAGGUGCUUUUUGGUUUUGUUAGAGAUCAAGAUUCCAUUUUUGCUUGGCACUGCUUCACGGCCUGCGUCAUAGGACAAGUUAUUUCCGCCCCGUGUUAGCCUGCUACUCCUUCCUGCGUUUCUAUAAAAGUUUUACCACUCUGGCUUCAGAUCUGUCCAGAAGGUGGUACUGUUAACUUUGUUUCUUUUGGUGUUAUGACCGUGCAGUUCAGCCCUCAUGCAAAAGUUACAGGCUUCUCUAUGCAGAAGGCAAAGUUUAAGUGUUGUUUAUUUCCUGGGGAAAGUACAAACCAAGCUUGAAUGCUCUGGGCUUGUUCAUUUGAAACACAAAAGUGAAUUUUAACAUUUUGCACUCAAAUUUGAAGAUUGAUAUCAAAGAGAUUGUACAGAAAUGCCUUUGUGAACCGGGAAAUAUUUUUAAGUUAAAACAACGUUUUAAUUGCUUUAAUAGACAUUUCAUUGCCCCCCCCCCAUUUUAAAACUACUCUUUUUUUCCAUCUCCUUUUCACCAGCGAAAGGAACAGUGUCCGUGGUGAACAGGAAUAGUUUGGAGAAAGGUUUGCCAAACACAGCCCUGCUCCAAGCAAGAACAUGGUUUGGGUAUCUCUCAGUUCCACUUGAAUUAUCCCACUGUUGUGCUGUCAUUUUCAGAUUUUCAUUUCCUUCGCAGAUGCUGUCGGGGGUAUGGGACGAUACUCAUUUCUUCUGUCGUAAUGGCAUUCAGUACUAAUUUUAUAAGUGCAUCUUGUGUGAAACUCAAUAAAUUCAAUUUUGUAAUCUUUUUUAAAAA